ACAAAAGAUGAAACAUUGAUCAGAUCUUUCCCGGUUCUCUCUCGUUCACUGCGACAGCAUACCAUAAUCCGCUACUCUCUUUCCCCUUGGUUUCAAACCAAAGUCUCAAAACCCAUGUUUCAUCCUCGUCAUUACACAACAUGUCUGCUUCUUCUUCUCUUCCUUCUCGUACUUUCCGACUUUUCCAUGUCCCAAUCACAAUCCCCUUGGGCGUCCAAGAAAAAACGCAUGAAAGAGAAAGUUCGCAAUAUGUUUUACCACGCGUAUGACAACUAUAUGACAUAUGCAUUUCCGCAUGACGAGCUUAAACCUAUCUCUAAAACUUUCACCAACUCCCUGAGUGAGCUGGGAAAUUUGAAGCUUGAACACUUGCCUCAAGACUAUAAUGGCUCUGCGCUUACACUUAUUGAAUCGCUGUCUAGCCUUGUUAUUAUGGGAAAUAACACUGAAUUUGAGAGGGCAGUGCUUUGGCUUUCAGAAAAUCUUACAUUUGAUGUUGAUGCACGCAUAAAUCUUUUUGAGGUAAAUAUUUCGACUUGGUUGAAAUUCUUGAGUCCAGAGUUUUGUGUGACAUGA